GAAGUCUGCCUCCACAUGGCAGAUAUUCUGUGCAUCUACAAGAUUCCACAGUUCAUAUAUGGCUCUGCCCCAGUGAUAAAUAAAAAAGCAGAGGCCGUUCUAUACCAUCAGAUGUUUCCAGAUAUGGACCAUCAGUAUAAUGGGAUUCUCCAGUUAUUGCUGCAUUUCAGGUGGACGUGGAUUGGGGUGUUAUCUGGACAUGAUGACAAUGUAGAGAGGUUUAUACACACUGUGGUUCCCAUGUUUGUCCAGAGAGGUAUUUGCUUUGAUUUCAUGCUAAGAAUACCCAUUAUGACUUUUUCCAAUGAUAUUCCUGAUAUGGCGGAAGAGGCGUAUAAAACAAACUAUCUUAUCCUCAACAGCACUGUUAAUGCAGUGAUCCUCCAUGGUGAAAUUGAUACCAUGGUAGUUUUUAGAACAUUUCCCAGGUAUUCAGAAACUAUGGAUCCAUCAACGAAGGGGAAAUGGAAAGUCUGGAUUAUGACAUCCCAGAUAGAUUUAACAUCAGUUCCCCUUCAAAGAACCUGGAACGUGGACUUCCUUCAUGGUACUAUAUACUUUUCUGUUCACUCCCGUGAGAUAGAAGGUUUCCAGAAAUUUCUUCAGAUAAUAAAACCUACUUUGGAAAACAAAGAUAACUUUAUCCGGGAGUUUUGGGAAGAAGCAUUUCUUUGUUCUUUCAACCCUUCCCUGGUAGAUGGAGAGAAUACAAAAAUCUGCAGCGGGGAGGAGAAGCUGGAGAAUCUCCCUGCAUCAGUUUUUGAAAUGACCAUGACUGGCCACAGCUACAGCAUCUACAAUGCAGUCUAUACUGUGGCACACGCUUUGCAUGCCAUGGGUUCAUUGAGAUUCAAACAUAGAGCAACAGUGGGUGAAGGUAGAUGGAAGCUUCUGAGUCACCAACUGUGGGAGCUCAACUACUUUGUGAGAAGCACCUCAUUUAAUAACAGUGCUGGGGAAAAAGUUUCUUUCAAUGAAUAUGGAGAGAUAGAGGCUGUAUUUGAUAUCAUAAAUUGGGUCACAUUCCCAAACCAGUCUUUUCAUAGAGUCAAAGUUGGAAAAGUUGAGUCCAUGGCUCCCCAAGAAGAAGCGUUCAGCAUUUGCGAAGAAGGCCUUGUGUGGCCCAGCAGGUUUAACCAGGCACAGCCCCUUUCUCUUUGUAAUGACAAUUGCCAUUUGGGAUAUCAUAAGGCAAAGAAGGAAGGAGAGCCGUUUUGCUGCUAUGAUUGCCUCCCAUGUCCAGAAGGAAAGAUUUCCAACCAGACGGACAUGGAUGAAUGCUUUCAGUGCCCACAAGAUCAUUACCCAAACGUGGAAAAAGAUUCAUGCAUUCCAAAAGAUCUAAGUUUCUUGUCUUAUGGAGAACCACUUGGGAUCUCUUUGGCCUGUUUUGCUCUCUCUUUUUCUUUCACCACAGGGUUGGUGCUUCAGAUUUUCAUUAGUCACCGGGACACACCCAUAGUCAAAGCCAACAACCGCAACCUCUCCUACACUCUCCUCAUCUCCCUCUUGCUUUCUUUUCUUUGUGCUUUGUUAUUCAUCGGUCAACCUGAGAAAGUGACAUGUCUCCUUCGACAAACAGCUUUUGGCAUCAUCUUUUCAGUGGCUGUUUCUUGUGUGUUGGCCAAGACAAUCAUUGUGGUCCUUGCUUUCAUGGUCACCAAACCAGGCUCCAGCAUGAGGAAAUGGGUGGGGCAACAACAGGCCACCUCCAUUGUUCUUUCCUGUUCCUUGAUUCAAGCUGCUCUUUGUACUGUGUGGCUGGCAACUUCUCCCCCAUUCCCAGCUUUAGACAUGCACUCAAUGAGUAAAGAAAUUGUUCUGCAAUGUAACGAAGGGUCAGUCACCAUGUUCUACUGUGUCUUGGGGUUUAUGGGCUUGCUGGCCAUCGUCAGCUUCUCUGUAGCCUUCCUAGCCAGGAAGUUACCUGACAGUUUUAAUGAAGCCAAGUUUAUCACCUUCAGCAUGUUGGUUUUUUGCAGUGUUUGGUUGUCCUUUGUUCCAAGCUAUCUGAGCACAAAAGGAAAAUUCAUGGUGGCUGUGGAGAUCUUCUCCAUCUUGGCCUCCAGUGCUGGGUUACUGGGUUGUAUCUUUUCCCCAAAAUGUUAUAUUAUUGUCAUGAGGCCAGAAUUGAACAGUAGGGAACAGCUGAAAAGAACAAGUUAA